AUGCUGCGAUUCUCGUUGGUGAGUCAUCGCGAGCGCCUGGAUGUCAUUCAGAAAAAGGAGGCAGAGGGAGUCAAGCAGGAGAUUGUCGAUCAAGGAAGCGUGGCCGCGGCACGAAUGCCGGGAAAGUACGCAUUUUUGGACCAGCAACGAGCCAAGGCCCCCAAUGUGUAUCAGUCUCCCUACAACAUGCCGUCCGGACUGUCGCAGUACGCAAAGACCACCUAUGGACUAUUGCCGGCGGCAGAUGAGCCGUCCAAGGACUCUUUAGCCAAUGACUAUUUUGCCAGCCUGUCACAGGCCGAUCAGGAAAAGAUCCUGAAGUCGUGCGGCAGUUUCGUCCAGCGGGCCAUGGAGCGUUCAACCACCCAUAGCCGGCAUAGCUCUACUGCCUCCAACCUGCGCUUAUCGACGGCUCUUGCCCAGCAGACUGAAAAUCCGACCAUCGACAUCACGACGGUUGACGAUCCUCCGCUUUCCGGCUUGGACAUGCCUCUGCAUGCUGAUUCCCCAUGUUCCAGUUUCGGUCGGUCGCACAUGCGAUUUCCCUCGCCAAAUGAUUUCCCCGCCCACGGGCCCGAACCACCCCCCGAUCAUCAUGAUCUCUUCGGAGAUCAACAAGCCAAUACUCGUUUCUGGCAGAAUGGACCUUGGGUCGCCGGUGACGGCAACACUCCAAACGAGGAAAAUCGGCCUUUCUUUGGACCUCAUCUGUUUGGGCCCCACGAGCGGCUCAAGCACGACUAUGCAUCCUCUGACAUGUCUCUUGGCAAGGGACCCGGCUCCCUUCAUUCGGUCGAUAUGGCUGGCUUCGGUCCCGAUACCACCGAUGAUCUCCUUACUGGAGCUCUGAGUCCCUGA